AUGCAUCGUGUCUAAUAAGUGUUUAAGAAGAGAAAUUCAGAUUAACAAAAUUAUAGGUAUUGUUCAUCAGCUGUCAAAAUCAGCUGAGUAACUUUCAUUGUUUUAUUUUGACAAUUGAUCUCGAGUUUUUUUUAUUCGUGUUUGUAGACUUCGAUCGUCCUUAACACUCUGACAUAAUUUAGAUAGAUUUUAUUGUGUUUGAAUAAAUACGAGAAACAGUAGUUCAAGUCAUGAUUUUCAAUUGGAUACGACCGAGUCACAUCCCAUAUCCAAAUGUUUGGUUCAGAUUUCAAGCCAAAGAUUUAGAUUGCGACAAUUUGGUCGAAUAUAUAGUCGAGGAUUUACCAGAGGAUCGUUUCGAUGACGCUAUAGCUUUUAUGACCACCGAAUUCCUUGCUAAUGCACCGAUGGCGAAGCUAAGAAAUGGAGCAAAUAAUUCGACGUAUGUUCAAGACAUUGGUCGCAUUUGGAAGAAUAUUUUACAGCAACGCAUGACGCAUGUGUGCUUCAAAGACGGAUCAUCGGUCAUUGUUGGAUUAAAUUUUAAUUAUGUAGCAAGUAGGAACGAUCCACCUUUGUUGAGCGAUAUUAAAAGUGAAACUUUCAUGCAAAACAUGAGAGUGUUGUCCAUUUUGAGUGAUUACGGGAAUUUCGAUGUGUUCGAUAAAUACGGAGUGGAGCAAUAUCUAUCAUCGUUCGGUAUGUGUGUAGCCAAAGAGUAUGCUGGACGUAAAAUCGGAGAGAAUCUAUUGAAGGCUAGUAAAUAUCUGGCUAAGCCUUGCGACUUGAAACUGCGUCACGCAUAUUUUACAUCGAAUAGUUCCAACAAAAUUGCGGAAAAUUUGGGAUAUUUAACUGAUGUUGAAUUGAGUUUCAAGGAAAUCCAACGAAUUGAUCCAAGCCUAAAGUUAGACGAUAUUGAAAGCAGCAAAGCAACAAUAAGGACGUGGAUAUUUGAGGAUUAGUGCAAUUGCGAUUAG